UAAUUUUAACAAAUACAUUAUAGAUAUUUAAUUUUUUUGAAGACUUAUAGAGUAAAUUAACAAUAAAAAUUAUAAACAGGUAAUGUUUGAAAGAUUUAUUGAAACUUAAAUUGUCAUUUAAUAUAAAUUUUAAUAGAUAUUGUGUAAAAAUAUUUUAACAUUAAACUAAUUAUUUCCGCUUUAAAGUUACCAUUAAAAUGAUAAAAUCAUAUUUUUACGCAUAUUUUGCCACUGCAUAAAAUAUUUUUUUAUUAUGAAAGAAAACUUCAAUUCACGAUUUAGUCAUCAAAUCUGUAAAAAAUAUAUCAAGAUUUAAAAUGUAGGAAAAAGAAUGUAAAGAUUUUACAUCUGUUUUUGUUUUAGAGAUUUGAUUGAUAAAUCGUGAGGUAAAGUUUUACUUGACAGCAAAAGAAAUAUUUCAUGUAGCAAUAAAACGUGCAUAUAAAUAACGUACAUGAGUUUAUCAUUUUAAUGGAAACUUUUUACAGCGGAAAAGAAAUUAAGUAUAAUGUUGAAAUUUUUUACAUGUUAGAACUAUACUAAAUGAUAAUUACAUAAUGACAUUGUUGAUUACAUAAUGUAAUUGAGUGAAAAAUAUUUUCAUAAGUCAUUAAUUAGUGCGAUAAUCUAAUACUACGGAGAAAAUAUGGAGAACGUAUUUGUAUUCUUAUCGUGCUCACAUAUCAUGUCAUAUAUAUACAGGCAGUUAAUAUUCCAGUGGAUGUCACUGCACGUAACAUACGCGCCAACAAUCGGUUAUUUUCAUCACAGGAUCCGUGUCGGCUGAUAUAGAGCUGAAAUAUCGACUUUAUGUUCUUUAUUAUACGUUUAUGACUUUUUCAAAUUUAAUAUUUAAUAAUGUUUUGCAUACAUAAUGCUUAACAAGAAAGACAUUUGCGAAAGCAUCGCUGCAUACGCUCAGUAUUUCAUAAGAACAAAGAGCAACAUAAACUCGAGUGCAUAUGGAUUUAUCAGACGUAAUUGUAUAUCACGUUCAAACGCUUGCAAUUAAUUUGAAUUAAGAACAACUGGAAAGAUAUCGAUAAAGUAGAGAUUUUUUAAAUUAUUUAUUUAUAAUAUACGUGAAACAUUUUAACAAACAACUUAAAGUGUAUAAAUAAAAAAUUUAUGCACAAAUGUCUUGUAAAAGAAAAUAUUAUAUCGAGCAGAUCGAAUUAAAAUACAGAAGAUAUUUAAUCAAUCAUGAAAUAAUGCUGAAUACAUGUAUGAUGAGAUGUAAUAGAGGAAAAAAGUAUAAAUAUUAACUUUAAGUUGAAUUAUGGAACGAGAUAGUCAAGAUUGCAAACAUGUCUUCAAUUCGGUUGAGAAUUCAAUCUCCAUGGAUGCCAAUAAGAUUUCCAAUUUCUUCAGAAACUUAAAUAAAGAGAACGCAACUGCGAAAAAAAAUAAACAAAGAGUGAGCAAAACAAAAUUAGAGCCAUAUCAGCAUUCAUUUCGUAUGCUUAAGCUAUUAAUAAUAUUUUUCAAGCUCAUCGGUCUCGCCACUUUCACCUAUCAUAUCGUCAAGCAUAAAAAGAGAAUAUCAUACACAUUUCAAUACUCUGAAUUUGGGAUUGUUUAUAAUGUUGUGCUAAGUAGUCUGAUGAUCGCCUCGAACUACGUGUCAAUACCGUAUAGGAUUGGUCUGGCAUAUGAGAACAAGACGAAUUUAACUACCGGCAUUGAGAUUCUGCAGACUGUACUUGGUUCCUUGGUAAUCUGCGCUAUUUUGUUAAGCUACUGUAUCGAACAGAAAUCUUUGAUACGAAUCGUCAGUCGAUUAAUAGACGUCGAACACGAAAUGGAUCGUCUAUAUUAUCUGUAUCGUCCGUUGCGACGACAGCGAAUUUUUUGUGGUUUGAUCAUCGUCUGCAUCUUGAAGAUUUUAUUGUUGAUCCUUCUCCUGUUCACCGAGAUCCUGGCCUUCCAAACAGGCCCGAUCUCCUGGCUGACAGAUAUUCUUCCGACAUUUCACGUAGGUUGGCUAUUUAUGCAGUACUUUCUAUUGGUCACGGUCAUCCAAGCGAAUUUUGCUGAUUUGAAUCAAGCGAUACAGAAUUUCAUCAGAGUCAGCACAUCUGAUUUUCAACCUCAGUCUUUCUAUCAAACGCGUCGUGUGGUGGUCAGCAAUUUUACAGUUCAUCAGCUGCUACAGCUACGGGAUAUACACUGUCAUCUUUGCAAAAUUUCUGAAGACGUGUCGAACUUUUAUUCACUACCAGUACUGUUCGGCCUCAGUUUUCUCUUUCUGACACUCAUAUAUAACUGCUAUUACCUUCUCUCACCUUUGUUAAUGACAGACGAUAUUUUAGAGUACGAGACUCUCAGUAAUACCAUCAUCUGGUUAUUAUUUCUACUUUAUCCCAUUUCUCUCCUCACUAAUAGAAUUACCAAGAUCUUAAACGAGAUGGGAAAAACAGGCAAUGAGGUGCAUAGUCUUUUAAGCUGCGCGGUUGGCAAAGAGACAAAAUCAGAGCUCAAGCAAUUUUCACUUCAAUUGUUACAUCGCAAGAUACAGUUUACAGCUAAUGGAUAUUUCACGCUUGAUAACACUUUUCUUCAUUCGGUGAGAAUAAAAUAUCGUACACGAGAAAAUUUUAUAAAAAAUUAUUAUGGUACGGUAAUAGCUACCGAGCAUGAAGGUAUUAUAAAAUUUUUUACUAUGUUUCUCGUAUUUAAACUACUUAUGGUAUAUUCUUAUGAUCCGUAGUUAUUAUCAUACUAUAAUAAUUUUUGAUAUAAUUUUUUUUGUGCACAGACAAAUAUUAAAUUUUCUUAAUUAAUAACUUUUAUUAUUAGCUAAUAGGCACGAUGGCGACGUAUUUGGUGAUACUUGUGCAAUUUCAAAUGGGAAGCUCGCAUUCGUUAAAAUCGUACAUCUGUAACUGUACAGGAAAAGGUUAAAAAGCAGAAUAAUAAAUUGUAAAUAUAAAUGGACAAUAGCAUAUUGUCUUGUUGAAUUUAAAAUUCAAUUAAAUAUUAAUACAUAAAAUUGUGACUGUAACUAUCGAUUCUGAUUUACAAGAUUAAAAAACAAAAAAUAUAUAUUUGUUAAUAUAUUGUAAAUAUAUAUUGUACAUAUGUAUAUAU